CCCAGCUCCCAGCCCCACUCCCAGCUCCCAGCCCCACUCCCGGCCAUGGGUCGCCCCGCCGCCGGAGCCAUCGUGCUGCUGUGCUAUCUGGGGCUCUCCGCAGCCAUCCAGUGGCUCGGGCUGGCGGGCAGCGGGGUGGCCUGGAACGAGAGCCAGCACUGCCGGCUGCUGGUGCCGGAGCAGCUGCAGCUGUGCCGCCGGCACUUGGAGGUGAUGCCCAGCAUCGUCCGGGCUGCCCGCCGGACGCAGCAGCUGUGCCAGCAGAGCUUUGCGGACAUGCGGUGGAACUGCUCCUCCAUCCAGCGCGCCCCUAGCUUCGGCCCCGACCUGCUCACAGGAACACGGGAAGCCGCCUUCGUGCACGCCCUGGCAGCGGCGGCCGUGGCCCAGGGCAUCGCCCGCUCCUGCGCCUCCGGAGAGCUCCCGCGGUGCUCCUGCGGCCCCGGGCCCGCCGAGCCCCCCGCGCCCGGCUCCCGCUGGGGCGGCUGCGGUGACAACCUGAGCCACGGCCUGCAGCUCGGAGCCGCCUUCACCGACGGCUCCGCCAGAGCCGGCACCGGGGGCACGCCCGGGCUCCGGGCGGUGAACCGGCAUAACGGAGCCGUGGGACGGGCGGUGCUCAGUGACUCCCUGGAUACCAGGUGUAAAUGCCAUGGGGUUUCAGGCUCCUGCUCAGUGAAGACCUGCUGGAAAGGGUUGCCAGACCUGGGUGAAAUCGCCUCUGACCUCAAAUCCAGGUACCUGGCAGCCCUCAAGGUGACCCAUCGGCUCAUGGGGCCCAGGAAGCAGCUGAUCACCAAAGAAGGGGAUGCCAGGCCAGUGACAGAGAUGGAUCUGGUUUAUCUCAUCAGCUCUCCUGACUACUGCACCCCAAACCCCCAGCUGGGUUCUCUGGGGACACAGGACAGGCCAUGCAACAGGAGCUCUGUGGGCAGUGACAGCUGUGACCUGCUGUGCUGUGGCCGCGGCUACAACACCUACACGGAGGAGGUGCAGGAGCGCUGCCACUGCCGCUACCGCUGGUGCUGCUCCGUGGUGUGCCGGCGCUGCCGGCGCAGCCUGGAGAGACACGUCUGCAAAUGAGGAGGAGAACCCCUGCUGGCACCCACCAGGCACAGCUAGACACCAGGAGCCAUCCCAAGGGAUGCGCCCAGCAAGGAGGAGGCUGUGCAGGAAGCCAGGUCUCUCAUGGAAAGCCUCAGACUGAGAGAUUUUGGGAAGCCUGUGGUGCCUUCCAACCCAGACCUCAGGGCAGGACAAAGAGCUGCCCUCCUGCAGCUGGUCAGUGGCCAGCCCUUUGUCUCCAGCUGGGAAAAGCCAUUGAUCAUUCCACAGACUCCUUUCUCUGGGGGAAACAGGGACCUUGGGCUGCCAUUGUCCCUUUGCAGGAGGAUUCUGACAGCUCCUGAAAGCCAGGAGUGAUAGAUGGAAGGGGGUAGAGUUGUCCACUGGGAGAAGGCUGCAGGGAUGGAAUGCUGCUGCUUUGGGUGAGGGGGUCACAGGCAACUCCCUUGGGAACAGGAUUCUGCUGUGGGCUCAUCCAGGGUGCUCCUCCUCAGGGGAGAGCACUGCUCCAGGACCCUUUGCAGCAUCCCAGUGGAUGCAUGGACGUGGUGCUGCUCUUGUUGAUGGCAGAGACAUCAGGGACAGGAGAGCUCCUGCAGGCUGCCAAAACUGGGCAGCCUGGCAAACCCACGCCUGACCACAUGUCAACAACUCAGCCAUGGCACCACUGUAGCUUCUGUCCCCAUGUCAGAGGUGGGAGCACCCUCAAUACAUGAAAUGUAUUGAGGGUGCUCCCACCCUCAAUGGCUUGUCCUUCCUGCCCCUCCUUCUGGCCCACUGAGGUCUUCAGCCCACUCCUUCCACCCUUCAGGACCAGGUGUGUUGGAAUUCUGGCCUGGAGAGGGGACACAACUCCAGGAUCUUGGGGAAGCAAGAAAUAACCUUUAUUUUCUGUACUUCUUGUAAGUGGGAUUCUGGUGUGUGUGUUUUAAAUAAAUGUUAUAACUCUCUA